AUGUUGUGGUUUACGCUUUUAUUACCAAUUUUGCUAUCAAUAAUUGAAUUAGCUUACUCUAUCGAUGAGAGUCGCUUAGUCGAUGCUGAAAAAACACUGGUGUGGGGGCCUGGCUUGAAGCCGGAUGAAGUUGUUUUACCAGCGCGUUACUUUUUCAUACAUGCUGUGGACAAAAAUGGGCGCAAAUUUGAGCAAUCACCCCCACAAGAAUUUCAAGUGCUUAUCAAAGGCAAUUCGCCGCAUGGUAAAUGUCGGUCAAAUGUAAAUUUCAUCGAUCGCGGCGAUGGCUCCUCGAUUAUACGCUAUACUAUCGCCGAUUGGUGUGAUCAAGUUGAAUUGGAAGUACGCUAUAAUGGCUCACAUGUGGCACAUUCCCCUUAUGUUAUAUAUAACAAAGUAUAUUCGGAACGUUGCUACUGCCCACAAGAUUUAAAAUUGUGGAUGUUGCACAACAAUUGUCCGUCAGGUUUGAAUGACAAACAAAUCGCUUGGGACUUGCAUUCAUUUAAGCGUGUCAACUUUAGCGCUAUCCGAGAAAACCUUUUGAGGCGCUACAAUCAACCGGAGAGCGUAUCGUUGUGUCAUUAUGUAGUGAAACAGCAACAAAUAUGGCGCCAAUGUUAUGGCAAGUAUACUGGUUUCAAAAUGUUCAUGGAUGCAACCUUGUUGGCAUUAGGUCGCGUUGCCUUACUGCCAGAUAUGGAAUUCUAUUUGAAUUUGGGCGAUUGGCCGCUUUCGAAAAAAGGCGGACAACAGCGUACUUCUGGCCCAUAUCCAAUAUUCUCGUGGUGCGGUAGUGAUGACUCGUACGACAUAGUGCUGCCCACAUACGACAUAACCGAGUCCACGGUAGAGAAUAUGGGACGUGUAACGUUGGAUAUGUUGUCUGUGCAAAAAAGUGAAUAUCCAUGGGACAUCAAGGAAGCUAAAGCUUUCUGGCGCGGCAGAGAUUCACGUCGCGAGCGACUUGAAUUAAUCGAAUUGGCGCGUAUGCAUCCAAAUUGGUUAAAUGCAUCACUAACGAAUUUCUUCUUCUUCCGCAACGAGGAAGACAAGUACGGUCCAAAAGUGCCGCAUAUAUCGUUUUUGGAAUUCUUUCGGUAUAAAUACCAGCUAAAUGUGGAUGGCGUCGUCGCUGCUUAUCGCUUUCCCUAUUUGCUUGCCAGCGAUUCGUUGGUAUUCAAACAAGAUUCGGGUUUCUAUGAACACUUCUACAGCAAAUUAACGCCGUAUAAACAUUAUGUGCCAUUUAAACGCGAUUUAAGUGAUUUAAUUGAACGUUUACAGUGGGCAAAGGAAAAUGACGAUCGCGCACGUGAAAUUGUGUCAGAAGCACGUAAAUUCGUCGAAGCAAAUCUAAUGCCACAGCACAUUUACUGCUAUCAUAUGGCUUUAUUUAAGGAAUGGAGCACCCGUCUAGUCUCGCCCAUUACUGUGUUGCCUGGCAUGGAGAAGGUCGAACAGGUCUACACUUGUUCUUGCAAAGAACCGCCUUACCCAAGAGAUGAACUGUAGAUGCAAUCUACAGCAAGCGUCUGCUAUCUUCGUACUUAUUAAUAUAUACAUAUUUAUAUAUAUUAUAUAAUUUGCUCGCCAUCCCAUUAAUGUUCCCACUCAUUUAUUUCUAAGUUUUGGCCUGCCGAAAUCACAUUCCAUCCUCAGUUUUGAUUUCAAACUGUUCUUUUAAGGCUGCCUCUAUUCCUUUUUCACAGCCUGCCUCUGAAGUAUUUUACUUUAAGUCUCUUUCUUUAUCUACAUAAUGAUAUUUAUAUAUAUAUACACGUAUAGAGAAUUGGUCUCUUUGUCGUAUUAUCUAUUGAUAUUCUACGUUUUUGCCAUACCAAUAAGUUAGUUUACCUUAAACUUGGAUAAAUAAGCAUUGCCAUGUUUUUACAACUUUUAUACUUUUUUAAGCGAAUUUUUUACGAAGGUGUGAAAAUGAUAUCAUUCCAAAUUGUACUUAAAUUGCGCAUCGGUGUAUUUUUGUUAAGAAAAAAUAUAUACGCGAAGGAAAUGUAUUAGUAAAAUUUUAUAACGUCUCGAGUAUACUCAAAACAAAGCGAACAACUUAGCGAAAAUUUCAAAAACAUC